UAACUCGAGAAAGAAGCUUUAGUUUGCUAAUCCACGAAUCAAAAUCCAAGAGAACGUGGCUAGAAGCCUAUAGAAGCUGUUAGCUUUCGUCGCAUUGCAACCGUUGAGCAGUUACAGCUGGAACAGACACACAGACCAUAGAUAGAAAAGGGAGGGAUUGGAAACGAACGGCAGUUGCAAUGAUAUCCGUUGAAACACUCCUUGUCUUAUUACGUAAUCACUUUUUGGUGGGAUUGCAACAAAGAUUUUUUCUGACUCUGUUCGUUUGCAGACGUUGUUAGACUUCUGGGUUAGGCCAGUGUCUUUGGCUUAACUGUAUUCAUACUUGGUAAGUUAGAGCGUCAUUAUAACUCACUUCAGUAGAAUUGAAGCAGAAUAAUAGGCCAGUUUUGUAGGUAGUAAGGUGAUAGCCAAAUUAUGUCUCCCUCUAGCAGAUAUGUAAAGCUGAUUUGCAGUUUGUAAUUGUGUCAAACUGUAUACUUGGGUCCUAGGGUUUUGCGUAAGCAAUACUUUUUGAAUGAUACAAGUGAAACUUUAAUACUAGAUCAAUAAAUAAGUAUUUUUAGGAGUGUUUUUUGUCUCCUUCUUUCAUCUCUAAAAAGGGCUAGUUGAGUAUAUUCUGCUAAUAUACUGUUAGAGGAGUAUUUGAAGUUUUGCAUAGUCUUUGUUUCUUUUUGCAUAGUCUUUGUUUGCACUUACAGAAAUGCCCCGAAAAUUCAGAAUUGCGGUUCACCGCAAGAAUGAAUUUAGGAAGUUGAGAGCAAAGAAACUCUCAUUGCCCAUCGAUAUCAGUGAAUUGAAAGUUAGCAUCCCGAGAAUGAUAUUUGCGGAUACUCCGUUAUCAACAAUUGCCACCCUCAGGCAGAGGCUAAAGAUUGCCAUUGUGCUUCCUGAAGGAUGGUUGAAUGUAUCGGACUCAGAGGAUGUCCAUAUUUCCAAGCAUGCUCAGUUGGCCGUCAGCAUAGUGAUACACAGUGAUCUUUCUUGGCAUGCUCUUGCCAAUGGUUGCAAAGUACCUAGCAACAAUCCUGAAUUAUCAAUGAAGCAUCAAGUAAUUGCGUCUGUGACUGAUGUACAAGACAUUAUCGACUUCUUGGACUCAUGCACUGUUUGUGUUGGGAAUGACGACGCCAAGUAUGCUGCCUUAGUAACUGACAGAAAUGGGACCUUUGUGGAUGUUUCAGGGAAAAAUCGUGUGGCAUUUUACGAUGAUAAGCUCAGCCACGGAACAAUCCGAUGUGAUGGAUGUCAGAUUCUUGUGCCUGUGGAAUUAAACCAGUGCAAUGUAUGCCAUGCCUACAGACAAACACUCAAUCGAAUGUUCCUUCGUUUUGAAGAUUCCACUAGAGACACGUGUACCGAGUUAAACAGGGUUAAUCCUCAGAGUCAUACUAUCGAUACUUGUCAUCACUUGAAAAGGACAAACGAAUGAAAGUUCUACAUCAACAGAGCAGAGUGGCACAACAACAGAUAAAUCGCCUUAAAAAGAAACUCAAAAAGGUAAUUGAACAGAGAAGCAACUUCGUUGAAGAAGAGCUCCCAUAAUGAUCUGUCACAGAUCAUAAAGGAUAAUGACGAUUCUGUUAAGAAAACCUUCCCCCUGGAAGAUUCGUUUCAACGAGUGUUUUGGGAAAGCCAAAAGCGAGCUUCCUCUCUCAAAAAUGCCAAAUCGAUGAAGUGGGAUCCCUUAAUGAUACGUUGGUGUCUUUAUCUUAGACAUCUGUCGAGUAGUGCAUACCAAAUGCUGCGAGAGUCUGGUGUUAUUUGCCUUCCCUCGCAGAGGACAUUGCGUGAUUAUACCUAUCACAUCCAAAGCUCCAUUGGCUUCUCCGAAGAAGUUGACAAGUACUUGAUGGAAGUCGCUAAAAUCAGCUUGUGUCCAGAGAGGGAGAAGUAUGUGGUUCUUUUAAUGGAUGAAAUGCACAUAAAAGAAGACUUGGUGUAUGACAAACAUUCAGGUGCUAUCAUUGGCUUCACCAAUAUUGGCGAUAUCAAUUCCCACUUGUUGGCUUUUGAAAGAUCUCUAAACAACGAUAUGGACCAAAGCACUCCACUGGCACAUUCUAUGCUUGUACUACUUGUGAGGGGACUCUUUAGCAAGUUACAGUUUCCUUACGUUCAAUUUCCUUGUACAUCAUUGACUGGUGACCAGAUGUUCGAGCCAUUUUGGGAGGCGGUUGGUCGGUUGGAAUUGUGUGGAUUUAAGGUACUUGCACUCACUUGUGAUGGCCUAGCAGCAAAUCAUCGUCUCUUUAAGUUGCAUAAGCCUGGUUCGAAGUCUUUGGUCAACAAAGUUGGUAACCCGUAUGCCAGUGACAACAGCAGGUCUCUGUUUUUCUUUUCUGACCCACCCCACCUCAUUAAGACUGUCAGAAACGGCUGGGCUAGCCCUAAGAGAAAAUUGUGGUGCAAAGGGAAAGAUGGUCUCAACUGAAGCUACUGUAUAUGAAGAAUCGAUCUCAAGAGACCCCUGGACUAGCAUUGAUACCGAAGCUUAAGUAUGAGCAUGUUGAGUUAUCCAGCUUCUCCAAGAUGCGAGUAGAUCUGGCAGCUCAAGUUCUCAGUAACUCCGUUGCUAAAGCACUACAACUGACGCAGGGAGAUGAAGUUGCUGAGACCAUAACGUUUGUUGACAAGUUCAAUAAGUUGUUCAACACAUUGAAUGUCAGCAGUAUUUCUGCCGGGAAGCUAAAGCGAAACCCAUUCAAAGACCCUUACAGAUCAGCAUCAGACUUUAGGCUGAAGUGGUUGGAAGAGGAAUUCAUUCCAUACUUGGAUGCUUGGGAGAAAAGCGUGGAGGCUAGGGAAGGCUUCACAAAAACCCAAAAAAAAUUGAUGAUGCUCAGCCCUGAGACUAGUAAAGGCCUGAGGAUUACUGGUGAGGUCAUUUGUGGAAAUGGUUAAGUAUCUAUUCACGAUACCUGGAGUCACACUGUUCCUCAGCAACAGGUUGUGCCAGAACCCCGUUGAGAAUUUUUUUGGUCAGCAAAGACAGAGGGGUAAAUCGAACGAAAACCCAAAUGUUAGCGAAUUUGCAAAGAACACACAGGCUCUUCGGGUGAUCAACAGCACAUGUGCAACAAUUAGAGGCAACUGCCGAAAGGACAGUAGAAAACGAACAUUGGAACUGGGUGAUGAGAACAAACCCCUUCCCAAAAGAAGGCACAAGCACAAGUAGUAGUAUAUAGUGUAUAGAGUAAUGU